GAGAGUACAGGAAGUGAAGCAGAAAACAUGAGUUUCACUUCAUUUAUUUUCUGACUGUCAAUGUUGUUUUGCGAGUAAUGGACAAACCACAUUCUUAAUAAUUACAGUAAUUUUAAGGAAGUAUUUUUGAGGAAUGAAAAAAAACUUGUAGGUAUAAAACAAUUUAAAGUGUGCUGCAAAAGUAAUUUUACGCUUGCUUAAGUGAUUAUUUAAUUCCCUCCCCGCGACUUACAAGGACCUAUUCAAAAAAAGAAAAGAAAAAAAAGAACAUGCACUAACGUGUUUUGAGCCUUCAUUUUUUUUCUCCUCGCUGCAUUCCGCCCCACCCCUCGCAAACAUCAUCACUACACCAGCGUACCUAAAAUCAGGAAGCGCCGACCCACGCCGUUGUUUUCCCUUUCCUCAUUUUGUUUCCCUACACAUUUUAUUUUUUUAAACAGCAGCGUCGAGACAAAAGGGAGAAAGGUGGACGUAUUUCAUGCUGACGACCACCGACUAUAACUGACAGCGAGACUCCGCUGUGGAUGCAGUGGAUGGUCUAGCAGAAGGCCUCCGUGAGCAGCAUGGGCCAGCCUCUAGCAAAGAGAGAGUCACCGAUGGAACACAAGGCUUUAUCACCUGAAACCGAAGAGGAGACGGGUCUAGCAGCAGCAGCAGCAGCAGCAGCAGCAGCAGCAGCAGAACCUGAAACACAAGACGAAGUCUUUGCAGGAACGGGUGAGACAGAUACGAACCAGAACAAUGGCUGCAUCUCGGAGAAGCCAGCGGUGACUGACUCCACGGGCGCUGAGGGCCCCGCCUCGCCAUGGACCCCCGCCAGCACAGCUGACCCUGACGCCGCCACGCCACGCCCCCACCUGGUCCGCCUCUUCUCCCGAGAUGCCCCGGGCCGGGAGGACAACACCUUCAAAGACCGACCCUCUGAAUCGGACGAGCUGCAGACUAUCCAGGAGCACAGCGGAGCGGCUUCAGAGUGCGGGUCGGAGAGUGCCGAACAGGACCUAGACUAG